AUGGAUAAGCUUCAACCACCGCCGCCAUUUUCCUUUGAAGGAAACGUAUCUCAUGGCUGGAAAAUAUGGGAAAAACACUUCAAUUUUUAUCUCACUGCUACUGAAUCAGAUUCAAAGAGCGAUAAAGUGAAAACCUCCAUUCUCUUAACCUGCAUUGGACCCAAAGGACGCGAAAUUUACGAGACAUUUACCUUCUCACAAGAAACUGACAAGCUGAAACUCAAGGUUGUAUUAGAAAAAUUCAGUGCAUAUUGUAAUCCUAGAAAGAAUAUCACUAUACUUCGCCAUCAAUUCUUUACCUACAGCCAACACGAAGGUCAGUCUUUCAACGAUUUCGUCAUAGAACUUAAGAAACGAGCCUCUGAGUGUGAAUUUGAGACUUUAGCUGAUUCACUGAUUAAGGACAUGAUUGUUUGUGGGGUAGCUGAUCAAUCCCUCCGUGAAAGACUCUUACGCGAUGCGGAUUUAACCCUUGCCAAGGCCAUUGAUGCCGGUAUUGCUGCAGAGGAAACCAAGCGUCACGCAAAAGAACUCGAAAAACAUCAACAAUCGUCAGAUAUUCACCAAGUUUAUCAUUCAAAAGAAAGAAAACUCAAAGAAUCUAGCAGAGCCCCUGAUGACGUCAUCAAGAAAUGUAAGUUUUGUAAUGGCUCCCACCAACGUGGCAACUGUCCUGCCUACGGGAAACGGUGUAGAACAUGCAACCGUAAGAAUCAUUUCGCUGUUUGCUGUUCCCAAAAAUCUGUCAAAUGUGUUACUGAGCAGGAUAAGUCCUCUGAUGAUGAAUUUUUCAUCGAUAUGGUUAAAGUCACUGAUACCAAUCAGAAUCUCUCAACUGAAGGUGAUGGUGAAAACACCCCAAUUCCCAAAUCCAUGCCAACCAAUGCUAGUCCCAAUGUUUUCACAGUUAACAAUACCAAAUUAGAUUGGUCUGUCACACUGGGCGUGAAUGGAACUGAUGUCAAUUUCAAGAUAGAUACUGGAGCCCAGUGCAAUGUAAUUCCAAAGCGCCUACUUUCCAACCUCUCACCUAGACCUAAGCUCAAAACAGCAAACGUCCAGCUCUCUGCAUAUAAUGGCACAACUAUCCCUGUUGCUGGUAAGUGCAUUGCUCAAGUCAAACACAGGAGACAAACAAUUCCCAUUCUCUUCAUGGUUGUAGAUUCAGACUCAGUCCCCAUACUAGGAUUAAAUACAUGUGACAAACUGAACUUGAUCAAACAAGUGUAUCAAAUUUCAGAGGAAGUGCAAUCUCAUACUCCUAUUGACGAGGAAUUCUCUGACUGUUUUGGAGAAAUUGGAUGUUUGAAGAGAACACAUCACAUCGAACUAAGAGAUGAUGUGAAACCUGUAAUCAUUCCUGUCAGACAAGUACCCUUUGCUCUAAAGCCAAAGCUCAAAGAGGAAUUGCAACGUAUGGUUGAGCUCAAUGUUAUUGAACCAGUCGAAAAACCAACCGAAUGG